GAAAUUUCGAAUUGUAUUUGAAUUUGUAGAACAGCGCUCAGUCAAGUUAUAACUUCAUCGUGUUUGUUUAUUCGUACCCAGCAAAAAUUCGGUAAUUUCUAGCGAUGUCUGAAACUAAGGCCGAUACCGUUCCCGGUUUGGGAUUCAAAGAUAAGGAGAAGGCCGAAGAAACUAUUAAAAAUUUGGAGGGCAGAGAUCCGGAUUACCAGCGGUUGGCGAUCAAGGGACUGAUAGGGAGAGCAAAAAGAACACUAACACUAACCAAAGACAAGGACAAACUCCAAAAUAUCAACGAUGCCAUGGAGGUGUUCGAAACGUGGCUAACAAAAUUCGAACUGAACAACUUGUCCAAGGAAAAUAGGGCCUACCUACCUCUGGCUUCAAUUGAGGCCCUCCUGCCCCUCAAAGAUACCUACAAAAUAGAAAAUAAAUUAGCCGAAAGAUUUCUCGAAGCUUAUAAGAAAAAAGCCAAGGGCGAGUACAAAAAUCUCAGGACAGUUGCCAGCGGAGAAAAUGAACCCACCUGGGACAUUGUCAGAAACGCAGAACUCAAGAAAUUGUUGAAAGCUAUAGGCGAGGAGGCUCCUGAAAUGUGGAAGGACGAUCUUCCUACGAAAGAGCACAUGGAAAUAAUCCUGUGGGCCUACAGUCCAGAUGCUAGUAAAAUUAAAAAGAACGUAUCAACUUAUGAGAAGAAAUUGGGUAGUGGCAAAGAGUCUGAGGAUGAAGAGAUGAAUACCGAUGAAGAAGACGAAGAGAAAGAUGAUGAGAAAGAUGAUGAUGAGAAAUGUGAAAAAGACAAAAAACAAAAGAAACCUGAAAAGGGAAGCAAGAGGAAGUCAUCUGGGGAUAGUUCAGAGGACGAGGCAGAUGAGUCUCCUAAAAAGAAGAAUAAGGGAAAUUCCUAGGUUAUGUUGUGAAUAUUGUUGAAUUUUCAGAGUUAUUCCAAUCAUUUCAAAGAGUGAACCUCAGCUUUACAAUAAGUAUUUUUUAUUUUUGUAUAGUUGUAAAUUUGAAGAUUCGUUAUUUAUGGUUAAGUCGUUGCCACAUUUUCCGUUGUUAUAAUUUUGAAUUAAAUAAUGAGUAAUUAACGAAUA